CAUAAACGCUAUACCUACCCAUACCAGCAGUAACCUAACCCUUACGGCUUGAUCUUACCCUAAAACAAAUCUUAGUAACUGCGAAUGAGACUCUCGCGAGACUUAAGUUACCACAGUGUUACCUUCUAGACACGACCCAGCAUUGGUAACAACAACACGAGAAACCUUUCCAGUUUAGAUUGAUCAGAUUAUUAUCAACUCCUGGGAGAUGGGUCCCGUCGAGCUCCUGCAUAUGUCCGUGUUCUCUCAGAGUUUCUCGCCCUGUGGCCGUUUCCUUGCAGCGGGUAAUAACUAUGGAGAGAUCGCAUUGUUCAGUCUUUCAGCAGCACUGAGUCCAGAUGCAUCAGAGGAGGGUCAGAAGCCUAUCCUUAACUUCACUGCUCAUGGCGGUUCAGUAUUCUCUCUUCUUUCCACGGACACUCAUCUUCUGAGUACUGGGAAUGGAGAGAUCAGUGCCUGGAGUUGGGAAGAGCUCAUCAAAAAAGUCUGUUGUCCAGAAAAUGUUCAUCGAUGUGUAUUGGUUUGGUUAAACUAUUUAACUGCAUGUAGAUUUUUACUUGGUCAAUGA